AUGCCCAUUUACCAAGGGCACACCUCUUCACAGAACAGUGAGCCCCCUCAGCCCUGUUCAAACCCGCUAACCACCAAUAUCCCAAGCAAGUUCCAGCCAAGCGUGUACAAGGGCACAAACGGGCAAUAUUUCGCCGAGCCCGCCGGCGAUCGAAGCGACUACUACUGGGUCACCGUGUAUUUCGCGGAAGAUAUCGACCACCGCGGCAUUCCAGAUUCAGAGAUCAUGCUAUAUGUCAAGGACAUGAUCGGUAAGGGCCACUUCACUAUAGACGAUCAGUCAAUGCAUGGGUUAGGAAAAAAGUGUCUCUCGAUCCCAAUCAAGCGCGAUCCGGAUACGCCUCUACCUAAGUCAUUUAUGCCUGAUCCUACGCAUCCCGAUCUCCUUCUUGCUCAAAAUCUGGCGGCGUAUUGGAAGGAUCAGAUUGCAUUCAGGAAGGUUAGUCUUGAUCAACGGAUGAUUUUUGUUGAGACUCGUCGUAAGAUAGUGAGUAUAGAAGAUAUGUUGGAUGUGGGAGUUACUCUGAUGGAUCCCUGGCGCAUUUAG